UUUUCCGCCGUCCGCCGGUGGCGCGGCCCAGGCUUGCGUGGAGCGUGCGUCGGCGUCGCGGCUAGCAGAGGGAUUCUGGGUAACGGCCCCGGCCCGCUGGGGCGGCUGGCUCGGCGCAGCUGGUUUGUCUCACGCCAAGUCUGUUGGCAGUGGGGGUUAUAGAGCCUGGGGCAGCCGGACAUGGAGCAGCCAUGGCCGCCGCCAGGACCUUGGAACCUCCCCCGGGCAGAGGGCGAGGCAGAGGAAGAGAGUGACUUGGACGUGUCCCCCAGUUCUCCCCGCUGCCCACAACUGCCGGGCGGCGGCGCCCAGAUGUAUAGCCAUGGAAUUGAAAUGGCUUGCCAAAAGCAGAAAGAGUUUGUCAAGAGCUCUGUGGCAUGCAAAUGGAAUCUCGCUGAAGCUCAGCAGAAACUUGGUAGCUUAGCACUGCAUAACUCUGAGUCCUUGGAUCAGGAACAUGCCAAAGCACAAACAGCAGUAUCAGAACUGAGGCAACGGGAAGAAGAAUGGCGACAGAAAGAAGAGGCUCUAGUACAAAGAGAGAGAAUGUGUCUGUGGAACGUGGAUGCCAUUAGCAAGGAUGUUUUUAAUAAGAGUUUUAUUAAUCAAGAUAAAAGAAAAGAAACAGAAGAUGGAGAUAAAUCAGAAUCAUUUAUGCAAAAAUAUGAGCAAAAAAUCAGACAUUUUGGUAUGUUGAGUCGAUGGGAUGAUAGUCAGAGAUUUUUGUCUGACCAUCCAUACCUUGUAUGUGAAGAAACUGCUAAAUAUCUUAUUUUAUGGUGUUUUCACCUGGAAGCUGAACAGAAAGGGGCUUUAAUGGAACAAAUAGCACAUCAAGCUGUUGUAAUGCAAUUUAUUAUGGAAAUGGCCAAAAACUGUAAUGUGGAUCCAAGAGGAUGUUUUCGUUUAUUUUUCCAGAAAGCCAAAGCUGAGGAAGAAGGUUAUUUUGAAGCAUUCAAAAAUGAACUUGAAGCUUUCAAAUCAAGAGUCAGACUUUAUUCUCAGUCACCAAGUUUUCAACCUAUGACAGUUCAGAAUCAUGUUCCCCAUUCUGGUGUUGGAUCUAUAGGGUUAUUAGAAUCGUUACCACAAAAUCCAGAUUAUCUUCAGUAUUCUAUCAAUACAGCUCUUUGCAGUUUAAACUCAGUGGUACAUAAAGAAGACGAUGAACCCAAAAUGAUGGAUACUGUAUAAUUUGGUUAAGACUGCUGAGGCCAAGUGCUAUUUUGUUACAAGAAAGGAAGAACUUGGCUAUUUUCUUGACACUUUUAUGGGUGCUGCACUUUAUUUUUGUUCGGUUUUUGAUGGGAGGGGAAAAAAGAGUACUGAAACAUUUUGUAAAUUUUUUUUUUAAUGUGCUGCUAGGUUUUUGUUUUUUUUUUUUCUGAAGAGAGGAGUGGUACCAUAUGUUGCAAGAAGUCAAACUGGACUUUUUUUUUGCUACUAAAUUUGCCUUUAAUCUUAUUGUUCUCAAUUUUGGAAUCAAAGUAUGAAAAUCUGCACAAAUGCAAUGUUUACAAGAACUGGUUGAUUCUAGGAGGCAUCUGCUAUAGUCUCUUUUUAUAUGGAUAUGUACAUGUCCUACUCUACAAAAACGAUUAAAGAUAAAAAUGUACUUGUAUCCACUGCUAAUUUAGCUGUCAAAUCUGGUGUUUCAUCAUAUUAAAAGCAAUAAAUCAGUAGUUGAUAAUCUACUUUACUAAAUAAGCUGGGUGAUACAUAUUAAAACAAAGUCUUCCCCCUUAAAAUAAUUCUACAUUUGUAUUUUGGCACCAUCAGUUAAAUCCUUGACUAUAAUAUCUAUAUAUACACUAAAUUAAGUAUUCACUUUUUUUUUUCAAUUACCCCAUAAGUAGUCUCAAAACUAUAUUCGUUAUAAGUUCAUUUUACCCAAUUGACUUUUUAAUAUUUAGGGUUACAGUGAUUUAAAAAGUGAUAAAGCUAAUACAGAUUUUUUUUUUUUUAAUAAGAUCAUUUUCAAGCUCACUCCUACUUUCUUUACUUGACAUAGUCUGGGAUCUCUCAGGGAGCAAGUUUAAAAGAAUACUAACAGUCUGUAAGAACAAACAGGAAGAAGAAUCUGAUUUUUAAAUUACAGUUAUUUUUGUUUCACUCUGAUGUAAGCUAAGGGCUUUUUAAAAUAGUAUUGUAGCGCUAACUGCCUCAAGCUGCCAACUACUUAUUUCUAAGAAUUUAGUGAUCGUUAUUGGUAAUGAUGGUUUUUACUGCAUUUGUCGUUACUCUCUAUAGCUCAGUUACCAUAGAAUGCUUCUGAACUUUACUACUUCAAAUUUGCCAGGAUAUUUGAUGAUUCAUUUUAUUUGGAAUUAGAUGACAGUACUAAUUAUGCUAUCCUUAUUAUUUGAGGAUUAAUCUUUUAAGAACAUGCGCUUUGUAUUGGGUAUAGCCUUUGGUUCAGUCCUGUUGAGACUAGUAGCAAACAUUUGGAAGAUGGCUAACCAUGAUUAGGAAUACAUGCCUGAACUUGAGAAACCAAAUAUUUCUAAAGGACCCAUAUGGUGAUCAAACCUGUGACCGUAGCCUCAUUUGCACCUUGUUUUAACUAACUGAGGUGACAAGUCACCCAGUACCCAUAGAAAUGGACUGGAAUUAUUGAAUCAUACUUAUGUAACAUCACAAUCUUCUGGUUUUCAGAAUAAAACUCUUUUGUGCUUUUCAUAUAAAGAUAUACUCUAUAUAUAAUAAAAUGUUUGACUAAUUUA